CAAGGCCGGUUGCGUAGCAACUGUCAAACUUCCACGGGCAGACUGGGAGACGCUAAUCAAACGAAUCUAAUGAAGGCGCUUCAAGUUACUUCUUUUUGAUCAAACACGAUGUCCAAAACACAGCUAAAGAGAAAGGACCCGUCGUCCAGCAAAACUUCUUUACCUGACCGACACACGGAGGCAGCCAACUCAUCCGAGAGCCUCGGCAAUGUCGGGAAAAGCAGAGUUUACAUCUGGCCUGAGUGGAACGAUGCCGAAGUCAGCAAGGAGAAGUGGGACUCGUCUAAAGGAUCCGAAGGCAGAAAGCCAAGCAAGAGUCGUAAUUGUCUAUUCUUUGAAGAUCCAGAGGGAAAGCCUCCUUUGCCAUCAGUCCUGAAGGUGCACGUAUGGAGGCGCCCUGCAGAGUUUAUUGUUGAGAAGGAUGUCGCUGUGGUUGAAAACCACAUGGACUUCGACUUGGUCUCCCCCAACAAUCAUUUGUUUGGUUGUGAGCUGAUGAGGUGGAUCAUCAGUGAGAUCCAUAUUGUUUGGACCCUUUACACCCGCGGCUCAACUACACAGCAAGAUGGCUGGAGACCAUGGGAGCACAUCUAUUCGCUGUGUGAUGUGGUGACAGGUCACGUGCCGCUUUACAACAGCUACGGGAAAUAUGUGAUCAGACUUUACUGGAUGGGUUCCUGGAGAAAGAUAACCGUGGAUGAUUCCAUGCCAUUUGAUGAGGACAAUAAUCUGCUUCUCCCUGCCUCCACUUGUCAGUCAGAGCUAUGGCCAAUGCUGUUGGCUAAAGCUCUAAUUAAAGUAGCCUGCACAAGUCCAGCUUCCAGGAUUGGCAGGGAGAUGGGUGAAUUCACCUUUAUCCACACCCUCACUGGCUGGUUGCCAGUAAUAAGUCCUAUAAUGCCGGGGUACUCAAGACAAAUAUGGGAUUUCCUUCAAGACACCAUUCCUAAUUUUAAACACGAGGAUGAGAAUUUGACAGGGAUGAAGGCUGCCAUUGAAGAUCCAGCUGAAGGGACCGAUUCCCAUCCAAAUGACAAUAAGAGUCUGCUGCUGGAGACGGAUAACAGCAAAGAUGCCCUAAAAGUGGCAGUAUGUGCCAGCUUCUACCCUUUUCUACACCAAAAAUCCUUUGGCCUUGUUCAAACGGGAAAUUCCUCAGAGCUUUUACGUCAUUAUGGCUUGUCCAUGCUGCACAGCCAUGUUGUUCUGUUGACCAGAACACGUGCGUGUCAACUGGACCCUCCCCCCAAACCUCCAACGGUGCCCCGCUGGAAACUCAUCCGUCCGAUCAAGAAGAUAUUGAUGUCUUCUGAGCCACAAUACCACCCUUUGCCAAAACCAGAGCAAUUCAUCGAGCUUGCCAGCCCUUUUCUUUCUCACAGUGUCAUAAGCAGCGGAGGCUGCAUCCCAGAUUUAGAGGCCAAGCAGAGCCCUCUAAGGAAGCGUCUCCAAGGAUCCCCUUUGAUGUCGAUUUCGGAGACAGAGGAGACAGGGAGCCUUGAGCCUGAUGAAGCUGAACCAAACAGCACGGGCGAGCUGAAGGUUACAGCAGAGGACAAGAUAAAGGACAAUGAUCACAUCUCCAAUGAUCAGCCAACAUCUGCAACUGAAAAGCCUGCAGCUACGGAUGGCAGGCCUCUACUAAAGACCUGGGUGGACAUUGAUGACUUUGCAAAAUGUUUUCAAACUCUGUUGGUCUUUCAUAAACCCCAGAUGUACACUAAUCAUAUCCAGAGAUCACAUUUUAAGAGCACUGUCCUGCCAAAAGAUAUGGGAGGUAUCGGCUGCUCUGGAUCAUCCUAUCAUCUUUCCAAUAGAUCUGUGGAUGUAGCAAGUGCUGAGUGUUCGGAGGUGAGAGGGACUUACUAUCUUUUUGUCGACUCCCUGCAACCUUCCCAGAUUCUCAUCAGUUUGUCUGCCCUUCUUCUCUGGGGGGACAUGGGUGAGGAGACAGCUCCUAUAGAGAAACAGUUGCCUGGAGUACACAGAUCUGCAGGGCUGCUUAUUCAACCUCACUCCUGGACAAGCUUGCAGUCUCAGCUUCCAAUUCUCACCAUCAAGACCACCUACUCAAAGGCAGCUAUGCUUAGCUUACCAGCAGGGCGCCAUGUGUUUUGCCUCCAUGCACAUGGGACUCUGGGCUACCACAUCCACCUGUGCAGCGAGACAGAGUUCUUUUUUGGAGAUGAAGAAACCAUCAUGCCCCACCUUGCAAAGGAAAGUGCUCGCUUCACUGUGCAGGCCUUGUCCAUAUUCAGGGCCUUGUCCAGAGUGGUUGCUUCCUUUAAUGAUGAGCAGACGCUGCCAUCACUCAGAAAGACUCUGAAAGAGACUCAUUUUCCCCACACCUGCUCCAUCACAGGGUCAUGGACACACCAAAAGGUGUUUAACUCAGCAGUUUACCACAUGGUUUGUGAGGCCCUGGGCAGAAACCCGUCAUCAGAGGAGCACUUUGCACUUAAAGCCCUUACUGCUGACCCCUCGCUCGUGGCCUCUGACCUACAAGUAUCACCUCCAACAUUAGAUUCAAAACCAUCUGAAAUAUGGAAAGACAGGGAGCCAACAGACAAAGAAACCCAGGCAGCCAUCAUUCUGCAAGCUGGAUUUAAAGGAUACUUGGUUAGAGGGGUGGUUAAUGCCUCAAAACCUGGUACAAAGGAAAACCUAAAGGCUUCCAAGAUCCUUUCAGAUAUGUGGCUGAAGAUUGAAUCCGAUGCAGACAAACAUGCUGCCUUCCUGCUACGGUACAUCAUAAAAAAUUCUGAGAAGAAGGGAGAACUCUACCCCUGUCUGCAGGAUGAAUCUACAAGAAUCACCUUUGCUGAUUACUCCGUAUCUUUCCCAGAGACGGCCCACUCCUGGGCUUUGAUCUUCAGAGAGGUACUCCUUGUUCCAGAAGAGAUGCUGCUGGUACCAAUCGUCUUUUCUCCUGUUCCUAACUGUUACCUGCAUGUCACAAACAAUGAUACGGGAGAGGAGGUCGAGAUGCUCAAAGUGCUUCCUCAUGUUUAUAAACCCAACAAGCUCGGUUAUACGUUUGUUGCAGAGGUAAACAGACCUGGCAUCCCUGCCAGUGACGCCAAGUGGAGGAUGCGAUUGAUCUCUUCAAAAGAACCACUUCCAAAACUGUCUCGUGAACCUCCUCUCAGUGUAUUCUCAGUGAAGGAAUUCCAAGAUUAUUACAUUCCCAACAACAAAAAUCUCAUAUGUCGUUACAGCGUUCAGGUGACAAGAGAUGUUCUCGGCACAAUUCAGUUUGAAACUUCUGAUCCACACGUUUUGAUACACCUGUCAGUCUUGGACCAAGAGAAGGAGGUGGCUGGUUACACUGGGAACGGCUUUGUUGUACUCCCUGCAUUUUUCUUCCUGGCCAACAAAGGUUGUGGUUCAUCAGACCCCAGUUGUGCAGAUGAAAACAAACAAAUUCUACCCUUAAACCAGGAUAUUCCCCAACAAAGAGACUGUGCAGACAGCGCCGCAGUAAGAUCAGACGUCUCCUCUGACCAAAGCCAGGAUCAUAAGUAUGUGGUGCAGGCAGAGGUUCUCAGUAGCAGCUGGAAUUUGGAUGAAUCCCAGCUGGCUUUUGUCCAUAUGCUACAAGAAAUGAAGAAGAAUGAAAUGCGAGUGUUCAAGCAUGAAGAUUUAAAGUCUUCCUCUACAGUCAGCACAUCAAGCCAAGAUGGAAACAAGCCGGACGCACAAAAAACUAGCCGCAAAGGUGAAGCUGACAAGCAGAAAGGGAGAACAGCUGCUGGCCACAGAUCUGGGCACAAGCAGGAAACGAGCCUGGACCUCACUAAGGCAAACUGGACACUGCGGAUCGUCACUGACCAGACCAAACCAGAGUGUAUUGAAGUGAAGAAAGAGACUGAGCGAGCGGACCAGAUUAGAUCCAAUAAAAAAGCCUGGGAAAUGGCCGAGCCAGGACGCUCUGAAAAGGCAUUUCAGUCCCGCGUCCAGUUCCUCAAUCAAGUUCAGCUUAAGGAAAGUAAUGAUGCUACUUCAGAUGAAAGCAAAGACAUUGCUCCCUCCGACUCUGAACCUGAUACCCAUAUCAGUCCAGCCAAUGGUAAAAUGGCUGCCCCCUUCUGGCCCCGUCUUCACAUAGACUACAGUCACUUGAUCAGACACCAGAAGGACUAUCCAGAGCUAAUGGACUCUCAGCAAGAGGAGGCCAGGCAGCAGGAGCGCUUUAAAAAGAUCCAGAGCUAUCGGUUGGCCCGUGAAAAAGUGCUGGAGCUUUUCAAUCAGCACAUGGUGGAACAAUGUGAGCUAAUGAAGCAUAACCUCGAGGUCUAUGAGAAGAUGCUGGAGGCCAGUGAGAAAUCGUCAUAUGAUUGCAAAGAACUUUGAAGCCAUCUGAUGAAGACUUUAAACAAGGAGCAAGUGGAGAAACCAGCUUUAGAGGAGCCUGAAGCGGCAGUUUCAGAGAAAACCGCUGCCACUCCUGGCCUUGAGAUUCAAUGUCAGUUCAGCUCAACAAGUCUGCUUGAACUCUUAAGAACCUCAAUUUAAUUUGUGUCUUGCUCUUUAUGGCACAUCGCCAAACCAAACGUUUGGUUGCACAAUUCAAAGGUGCUUUUGCUGCGGUCUUAAAGGUUACUAAAAAGAUACCGCAGGCCGUAGAUGUUCAUGAAUGUAACGAUGCAGUGCAGUGGAUUAGAAGUGAAUUUAUUUUUGCAAUUCAAAUAAAAAAAGACCACAUGGAUUAUUUUAAAACAGAAUGAGGUAUUACAGAUAUUCCGUUAAAUUUGAUGAUUAUAGUGUAAUAGUAAUACAUUUGAGUAUUUUAACAUUUUAGAAAAGAAAUGUUGGCCAACUGAAAAGUAUUGCAUGUAUGGUACAUUAUAUACACUCAAUACUCAGAUUGGGCUCCUUUCACUUUAAUUACUGCAACAAUAUACCGCAGCGUGGGGCGGCGUCAGCCUGUGUCUCUGAUGAGGCAGUAAAGCAGUUCAGGGUGGCCUUGAGCUCAUCUGUUGGCUCUGGGGUUUCUCAUUUUCAACUCUUCCCCCAUAUGCUGGGACCUUGAUUUUAUGAGAAACAAAAUUUCAGAUUAGCUGUAAGCUCUAUCCAUUCAAAUUUAACAGUAAUAAACUCUUGAAAUACAUCAGAGUUUUGAAAUUAAUCUAUAUGAGUUUCACUUUGAAUGGACUUGCAGAGCUAAAUGACUUUUGAUAAAUAUUUGUAUUCACCUGCAGGUAUUUUGUUUGUUGAUUUCACUACUGUGACAAACUAUUUACUCCUUCCACUUUUAAUAACAUAAGAUGAAUAAACUUUUUUUGGUUUAUUUUAAUGCUUUUCCUAGUUAAAGAGCUGUUUUAGAAACUGUUUCAUGUUUGCAGUUCAACAUUUCUUCUUUUAAAAGUGAAAUGGAAAAUGUCUUUACACAGACAUUUAGGCUUUAAGAGUGCAGCCUCUUUUUGACGCCAGCUCUAGUUUCAUUUCUAAGUAAAAACUAGAUAUCGAACUCUCCAGUGUGAUAUGGUACUUUGUCAUCCAUCACAAAGGCAUUUGGAUUUGUUUUUAUAAAUAAAAGAGAUCGUUUU